CUCCUCACGGAGUCAGACUGAAACGGAGGUGAACCGGAAGUGACGUAGUUCCUGCUGCUCUCUGCAGGCGGCAGUUCAUCAGACGAGCUGUUGUCUUGUUUCUGUUGAAGCUGCGCAGUUUCAGCAGCCGACAGGUAAGAGCACACCUGGCCUCGCUCACAUGGGAGACAGCGAUGACGAGUUCGACAGGAGGAGGCGGGACAAGUUCAGGAGGGAGCGCAGCGACAUGGAGAGGUCCAGGGAGCGGGAGGACAGGAGGAGGGACGACUGGGCCGACAGGGACGACCACCGGGGGGAGCCGUACCGCUUUGAACUGCCCUACGGAGGAGGAGGGGCUCCAUUUCCAGGGGCGGGGCCUCAGGGCUGGCACAUGGACAUCCCCCACCUUAACCCACAUCCUGGAGGACACCCCCUGCAGGCCAGGCUGGGGAUGAUGGAUCCAGACCUCCCUCCUCCAGGUCCUCCUACCAUGAGGAGCUUUAAGGAGUUCCUCCUCAACAUGGAGGACAGUGUGGAUGAG